UUCAGCGGAUCGUUCAGUAGUGCAGAAAUGCCAGCUAAACGAAGGUUUGCAUCUCGCUUUCCAACGACAAGAAUUAAAAAAAUCAUGCAAUUAGAUGAAGAAAUCGGCAAGUUGACAGCUACUGUCCCUCCUGUUGUUUCACGUUCCUUAGAAUUGUUUCUCGAACAGCUGCUUAAUCAGGCGUAUGAAUUCACUGCAACUAGAAACUCGAAAACAAUAAGUCCCGGGAUUAUUAAAUAUGUCGUAGAACACGAACCUCGCUUUACAUUUUUGCGUUCCUUGGUUGUCAAUAUCCCAGAUUUAAAGCCUAACAGUCGAAAGCAGAGCUGUUCCAAACUAAGUGCAGAUUCAGAUAUACAGUCGGAUACUAGUGAUGGCACGUCAUCGAGCGUUGAUGAAGUACACCAAAGCAAUAUGUCCUCUAGUGUUAAAAGGAACUCAGGGCAAAAGCGAAAACAGUCUCCGACCUUUCGGAAAGCAAGUAAGCAGAGUCCCAUCGGAGAGGAUAAUAAAACUUCAAGUUCACUGGAUCAGAAUCACGGAUCUGCCUUGGAUUUAUUGUCAACAACUAAAGCUAGUAAAAUCCGCAAAAAUGGUGACGUUGUCGGGAGUUCGAGCAAUGGUUCCGUUUCUUUUAGUAAUCCCGGUGUUCGGAACGAAAGUCUAGUCGAUUAUCAGUAUACUGAAGCAUAAUACACUUUUAAGUACUUGUAUUUAAUACAUUUAUAUAAAUACCACAUAAACACAGUCCAUCUGUAAUUUUUAUCAAAUCUCAGAACCCACUUUGUACAGAAUAAAGUCAUUGUCUAUUCAUUCAUCCGUUGCAAAUAAACGCUAUUGUUACUAGAAUAUGUCGUCACUUGAUAAUCAUGGUAUUCCAACUGCUCAUGUAGCCUCUACUGGUCAUUUUGAAAAACAGUGCAGACUCACCAUUGCUGUGACCUCUGGUGGUCUUGUCGUUAAGACUUGUGCUCAGAAUUUGUGACACUAGGGACUUUGUGUAGUGUAAAUUUCUAUGGUCUCAAUAAGCUGAGCAUCUUAUAUACAAAAUCAUUGUCAUAUGAAGUAGUCCCAGGUGACGGCCGACCAAAUUAUCAAGAUCUACACGUUUGAUGAAACCUUUCUCUGUGUUUCUUAUUGAUAUGUAAAAAAAUGGCGGUACUAUGGGCAAACUCACGAUUUGUUUUUACAUAAUUGUGAUUGGGAACUAUUGUAUACUGACGUCUAAAGAUUGAGGUAUGUUCAUGAAAGGAUAUGGAUGUCACUAUUUAGUCAGUUGAUAAGAAAUAUCAUGGUUGUGAGUAAAGCAUGGCUUUUACGAAUGAUGAUAUUCAGCUAAUCUCAUGUAAUGGUUCACGUUAGGACAUAGUAAUAACAAUACUUUUUGUGGUUAUAUAAAAGGUUGGACUAGUUUUGUUCAGUGAGUGAUCUUUGAUUGACCGGGCUGGUUCAGAUUUUUGGGUACUUAUAAUUUCAUUCAUCAAAAUCGUCCAAACUAGCACAAAUGUAUUCUUGUUCUGAACCUUAUCUCCUUUGUUGUUACUCCCUUUAUCAACAUCCGUCUCAGUUGUUUGUUUGUAUAUCUUUCGGUAGUCUCAUUGUGACAACUUGUUUUAUAUCGUCGUUAAUUUAAACCUAAUCUCUAUAGUUUCUUUGGAUAGAUUUGCACUUAUAAACUAUAAAGAGUUUAUAGAUUAAUGUGCCGAAAUAUAUGUUGCCAGGGUCUAAAAGUUCGGUUUAUGUAUUUCACACAGUGGUGACCUGUAAUUAAAUAUUUUACCUCCGUUAUUAACAACAUAAGCCUAUCAACAUCUAGUUUGUUCUCAAUGCGCCAUUUGUUAUCGCAGUUUGGCACUGCAACAUUUUCAAGAAAUAUAUUAACUAGAUCUAAAAAUUAUUCGUUUCUCCACAAUGAAUUUUAUUCGGUUUAGAUUUCUACUAUGGUUCCUAAAAGCAGAGUUUAGUUAGAAACAAAUGAUUUCCAAAACCCCAUGAUAAUUAUUUUGUUCGCUGGUGCCUAGCUUUGAGAGGAAGUUUCUGUAGUUCUAGUGAGUUGUGACAAGUAGAGUUCAGUACGUACCGGAUGUGAGAAAGGUACACAUUGAAGACAAUGCAAUAUUGUGAAUUGAUUGAAGCUAGACGUGCGCAUCAUUAAACAUUGGCUCAGUGAUCUACGGGUUAAGCGUCCACGAGCAAGACCGAAGAUGCAAAUUUCGAUCCCCGAUGGUGCGGUCGUGGAUGCGCGUUAUCGCGGGGUCCCACUUUAGAACGAAACAGCUGUUCAGUGCUUCCGAAUUCUCAAUAAAUGUUUUAUGUAAAUAGGUCCGUGG